UCUGGUCCAUGACUGUAUUCCCAACUUUGCUUACAGUCUCUGCUGCAUGGAGACUGAGUGGGUUUUUUUGUGAAUGAAAGUUGCUCAGGUGAACCUGUUUUGUUGAAUGUGUAGGUUGCUUUACAUGAGUUAAAACAACUUGAUCUGCCUCUUAAAAUCUGUUCUCAGACUGUGUUAAGAGGUUGACAACAGUAGCUGAAUGAAAAAAUCCCUUUGUUAUUCUUAAACUAUUUCUCCACUGAAUUUUCAUUAUUGUUGGCACAAGUUUGUACCCUGUGAAGAGGCGAUCUAUCCCAAAGGAAUAUUGUUGACCCAGAGUUAUUUUCUACAUCAGCUUCAGAGCAGUUUUGUUGGGGGUGAUAUUCUCUUGUGCUUGGGCUCAGCAGGCAAACAUGAGAAAGCUGAGGCUGGAGACUCCUCCUGUCCUUUUGCCCAUUGUGAAGCAACAGAAGAGUUUUUUCAUAACUGCUCAGUUACUGUGCCAUGGCUGGCCCUCAGCACUGGCAGCUUCUGGGAAGAACCAAGUGAUCACUACUACAAUGACAGUUCUGAAUAAGCAACAUCUUGUUUUUCAUUUUACCACCCAUAUGUAUGUGCUUGUUCCGUCAAUACGCAAUCUGCUUCAACAGUGGGAUAUAUUUAAUAUGGAUUCUGCUAGUCGUGGUUGGAAUUGGAUCUGUUUAUUUUCAUGCUACCCUCAGUUUCUUGGGCCAGAUGCUGGAUGAGCUGGCUAUUCUCUGGGUUCUGAUGUGUGCUCUUGCCAUGUGGUUCCCUAGGAGAUACCUGCCUAGAGUUUUUCGAAAUGACAGGAGCCGAUUCAAAGCUGCUGUGGGUGUCCUGUCUGGAGUUACCACCUGCUUGGCCUUCAUUAAGCCUGCCAUUAACAACAUCUCGCUAAUGACUCUGGGAGUUCCCUGCACAGCUUUGCUCAUUGCUGAGUUGAAGAGAUGUGAAAACCUGCGUGUAUACAAACUGGGUCUCUUUUCGGGUCUUUGGUGGAUGCUAGCUCUUUUCUGCUGGAUCAGUGACAAAGCAUUUUGUGAGAUCUGGUCCUCAUUUAACUUUCCCUAUUUGCACUGUGUAUGGCACAUCCUGAUUUGCCUUGCGGCAUAUCUGGGAUGUGUCUGCUUUGCUUACUUUGAUGCUGCCUCUGAGAUCCCUGAGCAGGGCCCUGUCAUAAAGUUCUGGCCCAGUGAAAGGUGGGCAUUCAUUGGAGUUCCCUACGUCACCCUCCUCUGCGCACACAAAAAAACAUCUGUGAAGAUUACAUGAACUUGGAAGCCAUGGAACGGGGAUGUAUUUUCAACUUGUAUUCCAGCACAGACAAUAUUUAUAUAAUGAUAAGUUACUUGUGUUGUAUUUUCUUUUUUUCCUAAGAUAGGCAGCACUUCAAGUGUCAUAGGAAGAGGAGAGAAGUGUGUUCAUUCCUCUCUGAAGAAGAGAGAGGAAGCAGGAAGAUGGGGGCACUUGAACACUAAAGUAACAAAAUGGCUUCUUUGUUUUUUGGCACUGUGUUUUUGAUGUAGCAUUUCUCUCGAUAAAAGCUCUUUUCAAAGACCAGGAUCAAGGAAUGGUCUUUUUAUAGUAGGUCACCUUUGGUGCUUGAUCCACUUCUUUUGUAACUUUCUUUGUGAAAGAAGGCAGUCCAGGAUACUUAUGUGCCACCCUGUGUCCUUCUUAGCUCUGAUUUUGCUGCGCUUGCACAUGGCCACAAGAGUGUGCUCGAAGCCCAUGCUAUUCCCAGUCUGGUGUGGCACCCAGGCUGCACAUUGCUUUGGAUCACAGAAUACAUGGUUGCUUCCCCAAGUACAACAGGAGAUGAGUGUUUGCAGCUGGAUUACUCUGUAAGUGCAAUUAGGCAGUGUAAAUGCAGAGGGAGCUGACAGAAGUCCCUAAAACUAUGUAGUAAUUGGAGGAUUUUAUUGUGUUUCCACUGUCCUGUGAAUACUUGUAUGCUGCAUAUUUCCUUCUUGCAGAAAUGUCAUAGACUCCCUCUCUACCUCUUGAGACAUGUUUGGUCUUGAAUUUGGCAUUGAAGUGCUCACAGAAGUGUGAACGUUACCUUCAGUACAAUCUCAGGUCAGCAUUGAUUGGCAGUGUGAUUAAACUAUAAAAACUCAUAGAUGUCUAGCUGCACAUCUAAUUUGAGAACUGACUUCUCACCAAUGCAUUGCAAGUGAUGUCAAAAAUAGUCCAGAGCUCUGCUGGUUAUACUUAGGAAAAAAGUGGAUAACUGCUUAAAAACCAAGCUGAAGACCUAGAUUUCAGUGAGCAGUGAGAUGUAAUAUUGAAUUUUGCAUUCUUGCAAAAGAUUCUGAUUUUCUGGGUUUUUUCAGUCCAUUUUGUAAAGAUAAGGGAUGUCUAGGUCCAUUCAGUUUUAAGAUUAUUAGUGUUGAGGUUCAGGAAUGGCUAUAGUUCUCGCAAACAAUUAAUACAAGGCCUGUUUAAAAAAAUGGUGCAAAGUUAGGCAUGUUUUUCAAGUAUGAGCAAUUAUAGCUGCGAAUAGCUGCAGUUUUGGAGAAAAAAGGGUCUACUCACAUUCCUCAGAACUCUAAUAUCAGAACUCUAAGCGGGUUAAGGCUUUGAAUGUACACUUUGAUUAAUAAGCGUUAUUUCCUUUUUUAGUAUUAAACCAUGAAAUAUGAUUUUCUCUUUUGUUUACUUGUCUGAUGUUGUACUUGUUUUUUAUCAAUGGAAAAAUAUACUUUAUACUGUAUUAUCUUUAUCAAAGUUGCUUUUAGCAAGAACUUUGGGCUGAAUUAAUUUUCAAACAUUUUGAGACCUUUAAAACUUUUGUAUUAAAAUUUAUGCUUAGAAAGCAAGAAAUAAGAUGUAUGCUGAUACUCUUAAAGCAGAUUGUUAGUGGGAGAUAUGACUUUUUCAUGAGACCUACAAAACAGGUGAAUGGACUACUGUCAGAUGACUGCCAAAUCGUAAAAGCAGUAUGAAAUCUUUCCAAUGGAACAGUUCAUAUUGAUACCAGUUGCAAGUAGAUUUGAAACAUCUUUUUUUUUUUGAUACACAGUGAUACAAUUUUUUUAUGAAACCUGUUUAUAAAAAUGUAUGUAGUGAUGUUUGUUACUCUUUGAAACACAGUUAUUUUUUCCUUUUCCUUCUUCUCCCCCAAUUAUGAAAUGCUCAGCUUCAAACACUUCUCAGGUAUUAAAAAUUCUAUUAUUAGAUCCUUAUGCAGGGAGGAUGCUGGCUGGAACCCAGCUAAGUUUUCUGAUGCCUAACAUGGCCCUACUUUGAGUAAGACUUUUUGAUAGUGUUUACUAAAUUAUUAUGUUAUGAUAAGUAAGUUAUUUUCAAUAUUGCUUGGGAACCUAAAAACUGCAGACAUAGUGUACUAUUCAAAAAGAUUGGAGCCUUUCUACUGAAUGUCUGGCUUGAAAGCAACCUCUGACUUAAAGGGCUCUAGUUAAUCUGCUGUCAGUUGCUGUCUUCUACUCUGCAGAGUCUGACUACUCACAAAGAAGUAAUUUUAUAGUUUGAAAAAAUCUCAGUAGGGCAUUCAGCUAUUGAAGAAGUAAAUAAAUGCAGAUAACAGGCCAAGAAUAAUCUCCUGUAUUUUUAUUAUCUAGUCUUUUUACCCUUUUCGGGAGAUUUUGUGAACAAAGGUCACUAUGUGUUGUUCAAAGUUUCACUGUAGAACUGGUUGGAGUAUUUCUCUGUAGCAGCAGCUCACCACUUUUAGAUUUAACUAUUGCACUUUACAUUAAAUUAGGAUUAGCAUAUAUAACUGAAACUAUAUAACUACACUUAUUUAAAAAAUAAAAAACAUGCAAUUUUUACAAGAUUCACAGUUUUACAGAUUGUUCCUACACAAUAAUAUUAGUAUUCAAAGAAGUAUAUGAUUGACAUACAGAAGAGUUUGUGCACUGGAUCAUACAGGUUGAUAGAGUAUGCACAAGGAGCUGUAUUACAUUGCAGUAUAAAGUGAUUUAUAUGCACCUGCAGGUUUUAAAGCCCCAGAAUGUUUUAUUUCCCUGCCAGCAGGAAGUGUGUUAGUUCCUGGUGUUUAGCUUCAGUUAGUGUUUUAGUCUGUUUAGUGGGAUGCAAUACUGUGUUGAGUGUAUUGUAAAUAUUGACAUGUGAUAUCCAUAAUUCCUUUAAUGUUAAACUCAAGUUUUUUAUGAAAGGAUGGUUAGUUUUCAGUGCUAGCAAAUGCUCAAUUUGCAGUCAUUAACAACUCAAGAAGUACUGUGUAAGGAGUGGUAUAGGGUUGGUUUCCAUCUCCGUUUAAGUCUGUAUACUAAAUGUUUGUGGAAGACAUGUAAUACUUUGCAGCUUUAAAUUGUAUUUGGAGCAAAUAUUGUUUGCUUUUUCAGGCAUCAUGUUUGGGGAAGAGAAUGCAGCUGCCAGUAUAAUUCCUUGAACUAUAAGGAUAAUUGUUUCCUUACACAGUUAUCAGCAAUUCUGACUCAGUGAGGAAGAGGGAGACUGCAUUAGAUAGAAGAUCACUAAUUAGAUAGUGAUUACUUUGUGUAUCAAACUAUUUUUUGCAACUAAAACAAAUAUUUGAAAACUGCAAGCCUGUAAACCAACAAAGACAAGUAACAAUAAAUGGUUAAAAAUGA